CCGUCUCGCUUUUCCCUCCGGGAUAACGAUUAGGCGCAUACCGAAUAACAUCGAUCCCGAUUUCUAGAACGAGGUCACCACGCAGAGGGCAACGAUCCAGCGCGGCGCGGAGGAAACAGAUUCGCGCGCGAAGCGAGCGAGCGAGUUCAAUCGUCCGUCCAUCCGUUCGUUGACAGUCGCGUCGUACGGGACGCCUCACGCCGCGCGUUCCGUCGUCGUCCGUCGCUGUUACCGCUAUUGUGUGUUGUGUUGUUUACAGAGCGUCGCGAGCCGCGAGGAUAAGAUUCGUGAGAUUCACCCUGCGCAUCCGCUGGUAAAGUCUACUCUCGCGACGACGACGAGGCCCGCGAAUCGUGGACGCGUCCACGCUUCGUUGCUGUCACCCUGUCUCAUUUUUCCUCGUUCGUCUCGGUUUCUCCCCUCUUUCUGUCUCUGUUCUGUGCCUGUGUGUGCGCGCGUGUCUCUCCGUCUCUCGUUCUCACGCGGUUGAAAAUGACGGUCCGUACCACACGUCCCCGCUGGCGACGGUGUGUCGUUUCCGUCAACGUCCGUCGCGUCGACGACGCGGAGUGAACUCGUCGCGUCCACCGCGAAGAGCGUUCGUACCACCUAGUAGUUGGAUUCAGGCCAAACCUCUGGAAAACGAAAAAACAUGGAUGCGACGAUAGAGCGGGAGUGUAGCGCGUUGGGCGGUUUGUUUCAGCAGAUCGUCACUGAUAUGAAGAACGGAGCACCACUUUGGGAAGAUUUGAUUUCAAAAGCUACAAAGCUACACGCAAGUUUGAGAGCUGCCAUUUUGGCUAUUUCCGCAUAUCUUGAGGCUUUUCAGAAAAUAGCAGAUGCUGCGACUAAUGCCAGAGGUGCAACUAAGGAAAUCGGAACAGCACUGACACGAAUAUGUUUGAGACAUAAAGCGGUGGAAACUCGUAUGAAGUCAUUUACUAGCGCUAUUAUGGACUGUUUGGUGCUGCCUUUACAAGAGAAAUUGGAAGAUUGGAAGAAGUCUUUGAUCAAUUUAGACAAAGAACAUGCCAAAGAAUUCAAAAAGGCAAGGACGGAGCUAAAGAAACGCUCCACCGAUACUCUGCGUCUGCAAAAGAAGAAAGCACGAAAGGUUCAAGUUCACUUACAUGUUCAAGGACAGUCUCAAAGCCACGGGACAUGUUCUGAUGUGGAGCUCAAUAGGAUGCUAGAGUCAUCAGCGGCGGUUGUUCAGGAGAAAAGACUGAGUUUAGAAGAAACGGAACGAAAAGCCGUCCGUGCGGCCCUUCUCGAAGAGAGGGGCAGAUUUUGUCUCCUUGCCCGAUUCCUGAAACCCGUACUCGAUGAGGAGAUAGCGAUGUUAAUGGAAUUGACGCAUCUGCAAGAAGUCUCGGAUCAAUUGCAAAGACACGCCGCGUCGCCGCAUCAUUUACCGCCUGCAUCCGAGCAGGUAAUAACGGACAUAAAAGGUUGCGACGUUACUCAGUGGUCAUUGGCUACACCGCCAUCGAGCCCGUCAUUGUCUCUCGGAUCGAGGAAGAGUUCUAUGUGUUCGAUCAGUUCUCUAACUAGUAGCAGUAGUGGAUCUUGUAAAAGCCAUCCGAGCCCAUCUGGACAUCCGUGGCAUAGAUCGCUUUCUCAGCCAUUUGGUGUCAGGCCCGCCAGCAUCAGCGGCAUCACGACGUUGCGCCAUUUGACCAGUGGCAGUUCCCGCGACUCCGGUUUUACAUCACAGGAUACGUUGUACAACCAACCGAUUUCCGAACAUCAGGUAUCGAAUGUGUCUUCUCUAAGUAAUCAAAGUACCGGUUGUACUGUAACGCGACCCGUGACAACUUCUACUUGGCCUGAUUUGCAGGAAACGUCUGUUCAGUACGAUCGGCAAAACCCGGGAGCGGUGAACGAACGGCCACAUACUAUUUCCUCCGCGUACGAAAAGGGACAUCAAAGACCGGCGCUCAGCGUUUACACAUUCCAAGCUCCGGAUCGUGACGGUAACAGUUGCUGUCAUAGCCAGCCUGCCUCUCCGGUUUCCUCUUCCUCUUCAUGUUCUUCCUCGAAUCAGCAGCUGUCCAGGGUGCAGCUUCGUAGAAAUAAUGGCGGCAAUCGUCCACCUAUACCGAAUAGGUGUUCUAGUUUGGAACGACCGACGAUUCCGGUGAAAAACGAGCCGCCUGGUAGUCCUCGAGGGAAACCAAAGUUACCUCUUCCUGCUCAUUUGGCGAAAGAAUUGGCAAGCCAUCAGCUCCAACAACCAAUGUAUGUAAACAUGCACGAGUUGGCGAAUCUAGCUGCCAGUCGUGCUCAGGAGAUGCAACUUCCACCGCCUCCUCCUCCAGCAUCGUUAACAACACCAGGAACUGACAAGAUCGAAGUCCCGGAGAAAGACGCCGGCAGUCAGACAUCCGAGUCCAGUUUGGAAUCCAGCAGUGGAUACGGAAGCCAAAAUACUUUGCCACACUCUCAUUCGCUUCACAAUCAAAACGAGAAUACGUGGAACGUACCUGGCGCCGCAGCUACGUUAGUGACACGUAGAGGGUCUGCACAGCAGACGAGCAGACCGCCACCACCGACAAGACGCACAUCCACCGUCAUCACCGUACCUCCUACUUCAUCCGUUAAUGAAGAUCGGGGCGAGAAUGUUUGCGAUGAGACAGAGAACCUUCCUCCGCCACCUGCGUUCCUUCUCGAAAGCUCUUCGCCCACGGUCAGCCCUACGCCUCAGAGAUCCAUCUCGGUUUCCGAAACAGUGAGAACUCUGACCGAGCUUCGUCAUACACCAGCCAGUCCGUCGCUCUUACGAAAGGCUACUGGACAGCAGCAGGGACACAAUAAUCCUUCGAGCAUCAUCCAACAUAAUGCCGUGCUGCAGAUAACUCGUUCAUCGGUUGAACGUUCCUGCUCGGCUGCUCGUUCGUCGUCCCAAGAACGCGGAUCUGUCAGCGCACAAACCACCAACGUAGCCAGUGGUACUACUGUCAGUCAAGCUGGACAAGCUGCAAGCCAAGGACAGGGACCUGGCGGCGUAGGCCAGGGUUUCAUGGCAGUGCUCAACGCUAAACUUAUUGGUACCAUGAGCGGCAAUGCCACAGCGGGUGUGAAUAUGAGCCCAAAGUCUCUUAGAAAACAGCAACUCUUGGAACAGCAGCAGCAGCAGCAGCAACAACAACAACAACAGUCCAAGAACGUCAAAACGGCGGCUCCCGGCUUUCUCGAAACGUUGAACGCUAAAUUGGCGCAACAGCAACAGGCUCUGCAGCAGGCGGGGAAUACGAGCAGAUCCGCGAGUAUCAGGCGCAUCAUGGGUAAUCGCGUUCCCAUCAUGGAUCCUCUGCAAAUGAGAGACUCCCUCAUGGAUCAGAUUAGACGUGGUACCCCGCUGAGGAAGACCAGCGGCCCGAUCAACGAUCGUUCGGCACCCAAAAUCUACUGAGUAGUACAGCAGCGACCUUCGCGUAAGUCCGUAACAAUGUGUUGCUUUACGAGCAACGUGCUAUUCUCAUUCUGGCAUAAUUGACGCGUAAGGUACGAUAAAAAUCAGUCGGAUAGAAACCAGUAUUUUCCGAUUUUUUAUCUAAUAUUUUCAUGCAUCAAUUUCGAAUUACAUGCAUAAAUGUACCGAGGCCGCCGUUACGUUUAUUGCGUCUCUGUAAUUUAGCCCGCCCGCUGAAAUUUCCCUGAUAACACGCAGGCUCCAUAUUAAAUCGAUAUAUGAUUUAUUGUACAAUAAAACGAUGCGUUUAAAUGCGCAAUUAAAUAAGAAUCGACCGGGAAUAGCUUUGCGUAGGUUUAACGGUGUUAUAUAUAGCAAUUAUAUUUGUAGCGUAAUAUCCGAAAAGAAUAUGCAACAUGUAGGAAGAUUUUUAUAAUGCGUAUUAAUAUUUAUAAAGAAAACUGAUUUGAUUAGGGAAUUGUCUCGUAAGAUCCGUACCGAUACAACGACAAUACUCCAGUACAACUUGUGUCUUAUAGUUCUAUAUUUUUUCUGCUUAAAAACACAGCUUGACACGAAUUUUUUAAUUGAUCUAUUAUCGCUACUGCUUAGUCUGUAAACGAAUAUACGACAGAUUCUAGUAAUCCCGCGAGAAAGUCAUACAUAAUUUAAUAUCGAGCUUGUGUAUUCGAAUUGUGAAAUUUGUAAAUGCAUAUCCAUAUCAGUUGUUAAAGAUCUUACAUAUAGUAUUCUACGAGUUUUUUCAUAUUUAUAUGAGAGAGGCGUGAGUCUGUUUUUGUUAGUUUAAAUGCUUUCUUUCUUUUUUUUUUUGUUUUGUUUAGUAUUCCAUGCUUAACUUCGUCGGGAUGGCCGUUUUUUUUUUUGGUAGUGUAUUCUCCGCCGUCGAGAUAUAGCUCUCGGUUACGAAUCGGUGGUACAUGUACUAAUAGUCUAUAUUAUACGACAUCUCUCUCAAUGUCGAUAAAUGUUAAUAAGCGUAUGUGUCGCGCCUUCGCGAAGGUGAUGUAUUUUACGAUCGUCAUCGCUUGCAAGCUACAUUCACUGCGUCUCUUGGCGAAUUUAAGGGAAAAAUAUAAGUCCCUCUCGAUGGGACGAUCGCCUUGAGAUCGAGUAUUGCUCCGUUAUCAAAUGUCAGAUGUCAUGCUGUUUAAUCUUUUUUUUACACACUAUAUCUUUAUGCUCAUCGUUUGCGUUACUCCGUCAUUCUUGCCAAUGCAUAUUCGCCGCAAGUAAUACACUGCCUACUCCUAUCUUGGAUAUUCGCAGUCGAAAACAUGUGUUUGUCAUCUAGCGCGAGAUAUGGGCGGCGCGAAUACCGAUUAUUACUGCCAAUUACAUUCAUCCUUUCAUUCCUUACGUAGUUAAGUUCUCAAUGGUAUUGUAGCGAACCAGCGCGAUGAAUAGUGUAUAGUAAGCAAUAGUUAUAUAUGUUUAUUUAUUUCAAGCAUUUAACUGUAUACAGCGUGAAUAAAUAAUAAUACUUCCAGAGAAUCUAUCCAUUUGAUAUUUAAUGAGGCUUAUCCUUUGAAAAAUGCAAGAUUUAAUAUAACAAACGAAGGAUUUAAAUUUAAUUAAAAUAUCAUUUCGCAUGAUAAUAACAAACUCGAUCCUAUUAAUGUUAAAUGUCAAAUGGACAAUAUGAUCACGAAUUAAAAUCGUAUAUAAUUAUUAACUAAAUAAUCGUACAUAUAUUAUAACGGAAUACUAUUUAAUGUAGCGAGAAUUCGAUUCGGGUGAUUGUUAAUUUGUAAUAACUAUUACAGUGCGAUCAAACAUGAGCAACAAAUAAAGAUACAACACAUUCGUUCAAAACUCAAAAUAUUUUCAUAC